AAGCAGCAGGACCUUCUCACAAGCCCUAAGCAGUACCGACAGGAGAGGAAAAGAGGCGUGGCCUGCGGAGGGCGAACGGGAAACCCCUUUAAUGUCACGAGCGAAGAGGAACGUUGCCGGGGUCAGCUGGUGUUACCUGACCCUGUGGUGGUUUGUACUUCUUUAUCUCUGCCAACAAAGGGCCAAUGGGGGGCAGCUGCAGGAGCCUUGUCGGGGGAGAGACUGCUCUGUGUGUCAGUGUUUUCCAGCCAAAGGAUCCCAUGGUGGGCCAGGCCACCUGGGUCGCCGGGGCUCACAGGGGCCCCGGGGCCCACCAGGCCUCCAGGGGCCUCAUGGAGAGAAGGGAAGAUCAGGUGACGCUGGAGAUCCUGGGGAAGAAGGGGAGGUCGGGGACGUGGGCAUGACUGGCGUUCCUGGUUUUCCCGGACUAGAUGGCGUCCCUGGGUACCCUGGGCCUGGGGGUCCUCCGGGUCUCCCGGGGUGGGACGGCUGCAACUCGUCGAGGGGAGACCCCGGAAUCCCGGGCGUCCCGGGCGGGCAGGGGCGUUACGGGAUCACGGGAGCUCCAGGGGUGAAAGGUCAGAAGGGGGACCCCAUCUAUGGCAAAUCCUCUCCAGGACCCCCUGGUGAUGCUGGACCGCAAGGACAUCCUGGUGUGCCUGGGCACCCUGGUAUCAUUGGUCCCAGCGGUCCACCUGGGCUGACAGGACAAGCAGGGAUACAGGGAGUCCCUGGUGUGCCUGGACCAAGAGGAACACCUGGUGACACAGGCCGAUCACUGCCAGGACAGAAGGGUGACGAGGGAGAUCAGGGCAUCCAAGGCCCCCCCGGGCCCUUUGAGAUCGUGGAGCCCCCGGUGGAGCAGUACCAAAAGGGAGAUAAGGGGGAGAAAGGCAUAAAGGGAGUGUGUGGAGCCCCAGGCACUGACGGAGCGUAUUCAGCCCGAGGAGAGAAAGGAGAAAAGGGAAUCCUUGGUCUUCCUGGAUCACGGGGAUUUCCUGGCUCCCUUGGUCAACCUGGCUACUACGGAUCACAGGGACCCAGUGGGGACCCCGGACUUCCUGGCCUGAUCGGAAACCCAGGCCCAAAGGGCUACUUAGGAGACCCGGGGCCAAGGGGACCCCCGAGCGCAGGACACAUCAAUCAAAAAGGAGAUUCUGGAAGUAUUGGUAAUACGGGCCCUCCCGGAGAAGUGGGGCCCCCAGGGGAGCCCGGGCAUAUUGGCCUCCCAGGACUACCAGGACCCCCAGGGCAGUCCCUAACAGGUCCAGUGGGUCGGCCAGGCGGCCCAGGGUUCCGGGGCCCAAAGGGGGUGAAGGGGAAGCCUGGGUGGUCCUACACUGACCGCAUACCAGGACAACCUGGGGUGCAGGGGCCACCAGGGGCCAAAGGACUCCGUGGUCCUCCAGGACGCGGUGGGCAUGCCCAUUCCUGUCUCAAAGGGGAGAUGGGUGAACCUGGAGAUGUUGGAGGCCAAGGUCCCCCUGGAGCCUCAGGGGAGAAAGGAAAGAGAGGCUGUGCAGGGGAGUGUUUCUGUGAGGGCCCUGCCCUGCCAGGUGACCCGGGCCUGGAAGGGGAGCCAGGUCGCCCCGGCGUGCCUGGCAGGGUGGGCAUCCGGGGAGAUCCCGGCCCCCACGGGGAUACAGGAGGACCCGGACGCCAUGUCCUGGUGGCUUCCCAGGUGUCCCAGGAGAAGCAGGGGAAGAUGGGCCUCCUGGCACCCCAGGGGAUCCAGGACCGCCGGGGGAUGGUUACCCAGGGUUGCCAGGCGACAGAGGGUAUCCAGGACCAGAUGGGUUCAAAGGCCCUCCGGGACCUGCCGGACCACCAGGUGACACGCUGCCCUGUGAGUACCAUAACCCCGGACCAGUGGGACCUAAGGGCGACCCUGGCCCUAACGGUGUCCCGGGAGAUCCAGGCCUUCUGGGUUUUCCUGGGCCCUCCGGCCCAGCCGGGCCCAAAGGAGCGAGAGGCGAUCCUGGGGAACGGGGUGGAACCGCAGGUACCAAGACGAACAUGGCACGGGGUACGAGGGGCUCCGGGAGAUCCAGGAUACCCAGGCCCCGCAGGGCCGAGCCUGCAGGGGCACCCUGGACUGCCUGGCCGACGUGGCCUCCAGGGGCCGAAGGGACAGCCUGCCGACGGCCGGGGGGCCCAGGGACCCCCAGGACCACCAGGACCACCAGGGCUUCCUGGGAUACCUGGACCAAAAGCAGGCCAUGGCCCACCAGGCCCACCUGGCUCAGAAGGGAACUGUUCCCAGGAAACUGGGCCCCCGGGCCUGCCAGGGCCCCCCGGGGAGAAAGGCUCCAAGGGCUCCCAAGGUUACCUCGGAGAGAAAGGCAUGAAGGGUGACGUCGGCCUCUCUGGCAGGGGCAGGAAGGGACCCCAAGGGGACUUAGGCCCCCCAGGCCCCCCCGGACACCCCGGAUCUCCCGGCCCCCAAGGAAUCUCGGGCGACCCUGGAAAUCUGGGGCCAGCUGGGGUGAAAGCGUUACCUGGACGGCCGGGCCCCACUGGGCGUCCGGGGAGGAAAGGGGAGCGAGGGGUCGAUGACUUCCCUGGCCCUCCGGGGCCCAAGGGGUUCAAAGGCAGAAAAGGUGUGCAGGGCCGUGCCGGCCGCCUGGGAGACAUGAACAUGUUCAAAGGGACUCGGGGAGACAUGAUGCGGGGGCCACAGGGAUACACUGGCCCCAGAGGUCAGAAAGGACAGCCAGGAGGGGCGGGGCAGCCGGGCAGAGACGGGUGGCCCGGCUCCCCGGGGUUGCCGGGUCUGCCGGGGCGACCAGGGGCCAGUCUGCCCGGAGCGAAGGGCCUUCCGGGAUCGCCCGGGUGCAACGGUACAGCCGGUCCCGUGGGCGACCAGGGAGAUUUUGGGUACAGUGGCCCCCCCGGACUCCCCGGGCCACAGGGGUACCCCGGAAUUAAAGGUGGUCCUGGUUUGGAGGGGGACAGAGGGGCCCCCGGUUUCUCUGGCCCCCCAGGAAACAGGGGACUUCCUGGCCCCAAAGGCUGUGCUGGACAGGGGCUCCCAGGACCACCUGGCCCACCUGGUUUCGCAGGUCUGACCGGUGCUCAGGGGUACCCUGGUCGAGCAGGACCUCCAGGACCAACUGGCCGUCUAGGCGCCCCAGGAAGCCCAGGCCCCCCAGGUUCCCCGGGGCCUCAUGGUAUCCCGGGUUUGAAUGGUCUGAGAGGAGUGAAGGGGGAGAAGGGGAGCAGAGGUGCUGGUGAGAGGGGCCCCGAUGGACCCCGAGGAUUCCCAGGGGACCGGGGCCCUAACGGCAACCCAGGGCCACAAGGGACCUCUCUCUGGGGCCCCAAAGGUGUGAGGGGCUGGGAGGGGUCACCGGGUGAACCAGGAAGCCCUGGUGAUGUUGGUCUUCCUGGCACAGGCUGCUGUAAUUACACCUCUGCACUACCAGGAGACCCUGGUAACCAAGGGAAAACAGGGCCACCAGGGCCGCCAGGGGUCAUUGGGUUGCCAGGGACAGGGCUUCCAUUUCGGGGCGAAAGGGGGAAUGACGGUCCUCCAGGACACCCAGGUCCAAAAGGAGAGACGGGUCCCAGAGGACCUCCCGGACACCCAGGGUUUCCAGGGCCCCCCGGUCCCAAAGGUAUGACCGGACUUAUGGGGAUAAUGGGCGUGCCGGGGCCCAAGGGCCCUCCCGGUCUUGAGGGCCGAAGAGGAUGUGUGGGAGAUAAGGGGAUGAUCGGAGAGCCAGGACCCAAAGGGCUUCCUGGGGACCCUGUCUUCCGCCCCACACCUGGACCACCUGGACCACCAGGACCCAUUGGUCCACCGGGGCCUCCUGGUUUCCCUGGCAACCCAGGAAACGUUGGGACAGUCGGAAUUAUAGGGAGAAAGGGUCAGCCAGGGUCACCAGGAUUACCAGGUGUGGACGGGGCCCUGGGACCAGCAGGAGCUCCAGGAGACCCCGGGGCCGAUGGGGUGCGAGGGUUUGUGGGACCGCAAGGCAUCCCGGGUCCUCCAGGUGAGAGGGGAUUCCCAGGCUCUUCCAGGGCCAAUGGUUACGGCUUCCUGUUGGUGAUGCACAGCCAAUCAGAAGAGAUUCCCAUUUGUCCAGUUAACAUGGUUACGAUGUGGAAUGGCUACAGUCUACUGUACAUGGAGGGGCAAGGGAAAGCACGCCCACAAGACCUGGGUCGGGCCGGGUCCUGUUUGAGGAUCUUCAGCACCAUGCCCUUCUCCUACUGCAACAUGGCCGCCUGUAACUACGCCAGCCGCAACGACAAGUCCUACUGGCUGUCCACCACGGCGGCCACGCCCAUGAUGCCCGUAUCGGGCGCGGAGAUCCGGCAGCAUGUCAGCCGCUGCGUGGUGUGUGAGGCCCCAUCCCCUGCCGUGGCUGUGCACAGCCAGGAGCCCAGCACACCCCCCUGUCCCUCACGGUGGAGGAGCCUGUGGACUGGGUACUCCUUCCUCAUGCACCAAGGGGGCGGGCAGUCUCUGACAUCACCGGGCAGCUGCCUGAGGGACUUCCGCUCCCAGCCCUCCAUUGAGUGCCAGGGCCCGCGCGGUACGUGUCACUACUUCACCAACGCCUACAGCUUCUGGCUGACCCGCGUGGGCGCGGCCGAGCAGUUCAGCCCCGCCCCCGCGUCCAACACGCUGAAGGAGGCGUGGCAGCAGAGGCAGACCACCAGCCGCUGCAAUGUCUGCAUAAGGGAGUGAGGAGGCCCCAACC